AUGACAGAUUGGAACGCCUUCAGAAACGAGCUCGAUGGUGACAACGCAAUAGCGGACAUAGACGCCUGGCUCACCAAGAUUCUGGAUACCGCCAAACGGUGCACCAAAGUAAUGCAGCUUAAUGAAGACAAUCCGGCAGUAGAUUCCCACUUACUCCACCUCUGGAAGGCCAGACGUGCCUUACUGAAGAGAUGGAAGAGGCAAAAAUUGAACAAGAAACUCAGGAAAAGAAUUUCCUUAUUGACAGAAGAGGCGCAACAGUAUGCCGAAAACCUAGCGAGAAACAACUGGCGUGACUUCUGCGAUAAGCUCCAGGGUACGCUCAGCACCAAGAAGACGUGGCACCUGCUGCGGACUUUCCUCCGUGACCGCCCCACCAAGACGCAGCAGCGGCAACGAGUACGUCAGCUAACACACAAUUACAACGGCCUGGAGGAAGACCUGCUCCACGAACUAUGCAACAAGCUGCGUGGUCCUGUCCAAUCAGCGGCGAUGCCACCACCACACAAAGAAUACGAAGGCAUGCGCAACUCUAACCUUCACACACCCUUCACACCAGCAGAGCUUCAAGCAGCUCUUUCCAAGCUUACAAGAAACACGAGUCUAGGCAAAGAUGGGAUAGUCAACAAGCACCUCAGACAGCUACGCCAUCAGGCAAUGAAUGCUCUCCUACAGUACUACAAUGACUGCUGGGACAAAGGAGAGCUUCCAGCCACAUGGAAGCAUUCGGAGGUUAUCAUGAUACCUAAGCCUAACAAGUCCAUAGCUGUUGACAACCUUAGACCCAUUUAUCUUACUUCUUGCGUUGGCAAGCUGUUUGAGCAUAUGAUCCAUUACCGGCUCACGUCGCACCUUGAGGACAACGGGUGCUUUCCAGAAACCAUGUUCGGCUUCCACCAGCUGCUUUCUACGCAGGACAGCCUCUUACUCCUCAAGGAAGAUGUAGUUGAUCACUUGAACGAGAAUAGCAAGUCGUCCCUUCUUGCAAUUGAUGUGAAAAGCGUCUUCGACAAUGCUCUUCUAACCAGCCGAAUCAUCUAUGGAACCCCGAACCUCGCCAUCAAGACAUCUGAAGUCGACAAGCUGAAUGUGCUCAUCCGCAAAGCUAUCAAGCUCGCCAUAUGA